UAGAGCCCCUCCCCUAUUUCAUUGAUUUACUUGCCCCUUGGAUAUAGCCAGGCUCUCAGCUUUCUCGGGCGUCCCCCGUCGCUCCCGCCCCCGGGCUUGUUUCCAUCGCCUCUUCCCAGCUCUGCCUCUCCGCGUUCGCCCUCCCCUGCCUUGUGACCCGCACAUUGCGGGAGUGUGGCUGUGGAGAGGGCUCUUCCCUCGUCAACUCUCCUCGCUGUUGCUGCAGUAGUCAUGGCUGCUGACGGGGUGGACGAGCGCUCCCCGCUGCUGUCAGCCCCCAGUUCUGGCAACUUGACGCCGACGGCCCCGCCGUAUUUCCCAGACAGCAGCCCCAGAGCAGAACUCCCGCCACCAUAUACUGCCAUUGCCUGCCCAGACGCCAGCGGUAUUCCUGUAAUAAAUUGCCGUGUGUGCCAGUCGCUAAUCAAUUUGGAAGGAAAGCUUCACCAGCAUGUUGUCAAGUGCACAGAUUGCAAUGAAGCUACGCCAAUCAAAAACCCUCCUUCAGGGAAAAAGUAUGUUAGAUGUCCAUGUAAUUGUCUGCUUAUCUGUAAGGAUACAUCACGGAGAAUAGGAUGUCCAAGACCCAAUUGUAGGCGCAUCAUUAAUCUUGGUCCAGUUAUGCUGAUUCCAGAGGAGCAGCCAGCCCAGCCUGCAAUAUCUGUUCAGCCAGAAGGCACUAGAGUAGUGUGUGGGCACUGUGGAAAUACAUUCCUAUGGAUGGAAUUGAGGUUCAACACUUUGGCAAAGUGCCCACAUUGCAAAAAAAUUUCUUCUGUUGGAUGUGCACUUCCACGAAGAAGGUGCUGUGCAUAUAUUACCAUUGGAAUGAUAUUUAUCUUCAUUGGAGUUGGUUUAACUGUUGGUACACAAGAUUUUGCAAGAAACUUUCAUGCCACAUAUGUUUCUUGGGCUAUUGCUUAUCUCUUAGGUUUGGUCUGCCUAAUUCGAGCCUGCUAUUGGGGAGCCAUAAAAGUCAGUUACCCAGAGCACAGUUUUGCAUAGACUCCUAAUGCUAUCUUACAGAAAACCGAGAUUUCUAGAGGGUCUGAUGAUAUGAACUGAAUAAUUUAAACUUUUUUUCCUUUUAAUGUUUCCAUUCUAUUACAAAUAGUUUUUAAGCUGGGGAUCCUUUAAGAACAAAUGUUUAUUGUACUGCAUUAUAUGCAAAUAGUUUGUUUUGCUGCUAGAUUCCCAAGCUCUGAAUACUAAGCCUUUGUUUACACUAAAAUACAUGUCUUAAAAGUACUGUUGAAUUCAGCUCCAACUGCAGUAUUGUUUUCUAUAUUAAACAUCAGUCUGUGCCAUUUGGAAUGAAUAUGUAAAAGCAAGAAGUGUUUCUACAAUUGCUUCACAUUUGAAUGUGCACUUGCAAACUGUAACAAAGCAGCCGGCUUUAAAAUUUUAAGCAAUAAGCAUUUUGCUUUAACUGCUUACUGUAACUUUUACCUAAGAUCAGAGUGAUCUUACUGAGUGUGCAUCAUUUUUGAAGAAUGGAAGUUUUGCCAGGGAGUCAUUUGUAAACAUUGUAUGCUUUUAAAUUUCCAGUUCAAGAUGCAAUAUUUUGGUAGUCCAAUUUAAGAAAAAACUCCACAAUGAAAAUUCAGCUUGAGUAAUUUUUUUUCUUUCAAGGAUCCUGGGACUUAAUAUUUUUUAUCUUUUUACAGACGAAGCCAUGAUUGGAUUUACGGAACUUAUUGCUAGUAAUUUGUAUGAGUUCCUUUACAGGGUCUAAGUAUGGGAAGCAUUUGAUAUGACUUGUUUUAUAAAUUAGAUGACUAUAGGGUGAUGUUGGGGUUGAAUUGUGGUUUAUUUUCCAUAAUGGGAAAAUAAAUUUUCAAUCACUACAAAGGAAAAUAUAUAGCUUUACACUGAUAUGAAAUAACAUAGAGUAAACAUUUACUCUGAUCAUUCCAUAGAUGUAUAGCUGGUCAGCAUAACAUGGAAAACUAGUUGAACAAACAAAAACUAAAGAUGAUUUUCUCAAGGUCUAUUCAUGAAUAGAUUAGGGGGACCAGUUACUGCACUGCCCAUCUUUGACGUUUUACACAAUGUGUUUUUAUAAAUUCUGAAGGAAUACUCUGAGCUCUUUAGAUAACAGUAGUAAUUAGAUAAUUGGGGGUGAGAGUAGAUAAAUGUGGGUAUUCCAGGGUUGUAUAUAAUAUUUUCAAUAAUCGCUAUUCCUGUUUGGGGGCAAAGUAAUGCUUGGAUGUGGAUUUGGAGCACAAUAAUUGUAUCCUUCAAACUGUAAAAGCAAGUAUUUGUAUAAUAUUAAAUGUACAAAAGCAGUAGCUCAGGAUUACUAUGUACCUUUUAAAAUACACUAAUAAAAGAUUAUUAUUCAAA